AUGCCAAACCCUAAUAAUGCAACAAUGCCAAACCCUAAUAAUACAACAAUAGCAAAAACUAAUAAUACACCAAUGAGAAGAACUAAAUCUUUUUCAUCAACAUUAGCUGCUACAAGUGAGGAUAAGACAAGUAAUAAACCUGUUUCAACUAUAGACGAAUUUCUUUUAUUCAUUCAUAAUAAAGUUCUUUUGUUAACAAAAAGUUUGCCAAAUGAUUACUGUGUUACUUUUAAAACACAAAGAGAAGCGGGCGCAGGCACCCAGUUAGUUGAUGAACAGGAUUUUAUAAAAUUUAAAUCCGAAUAUUCAAAAUUAGCUACUAAAAAAAAUGACAUUGGAAUUUAUAUUAUGGAAUCAGAUUUGGAUAACAAUGACGAUGAUGAUACCAAAGGACUAAACUAUGCCCUGACUUCAUAUGAUAAAAUCAUUGCUAAAAAUAUAUUAGAAAUUUGUAAAGCACAUAAUUGCAGUAUAUAUAAUCAGCCUUGUUUUAACAGGGAAAAUCACAAAGAUUUGUAUGUUGAAAUAAUUUUUAUGAUGCUUUCUAUAUGGGCAUUAGAUAUGAAUAAAGAUUUAGCUACAAUUGAAGCACCUUCAACACAUCCACUUUUUUCUCAUGCUAAUAUAUUGUCCAAGAAGCUUUCAAAAGUUACUUCACUAUUAUUGUUGCCUCCAUCACCAACACCAACAGUACAACUAUUUAAAGAUUAG